UUCACCCAGGUAGCGCGGGCUCUGCCCGGCUUCGCGGGCUCCCCGCGCCCGGCCUCUGCGCUUCUCCGAGCCCCGGCAGCGCGGCGGCCCUUAGGCACAGGGUUCGGCCUGCAGCACCCGGCUGCGAGGCCUGGCUGGCCGUUCCGUUUUUUUUGGAACCUUGGGCACAUUGCUGUCAGUUCCUCGUUUGUAAAAAUGGGCUUGAUAAUAUCUGCCUGCGGGUGGAAUAAAUGUCGGUGUGCCUGACUGCGGGCUGUGUCUGCGCCUGGUUAGCAGGGCUCGGGUAGUUGUGGGAACAGUCGGCUAUCAUCACUGCCUGAAUUUUGACAGCAACCAGGUACACUGGCCAAGCUCUGCCCUCUGGCCGGACAGGUUAGGAUGACGUCGUGCUCAUUUUUUUUUCUUAAGUUGUAAACAGUCUUCUAAGAUGAGCAAUAAAUGACUGUGAUUCAGAGAGGGAUCGCUUAUUCAUGGUUGACCCUUUUCUAGGCAAACCUCUGCUCCAGUAAGAGCCUCCCUAGGUGGAGCUGGACUGCUUUCAGAGUGGACUGCCAAGUGGAAGGGAUUUCAAGCGUGACUCCCAUGCAGGACAAACAGACCUAAAGUUCCUGGUCGGAUGAGAGUGGGGUUCCCCGUCCUGAAUUAGAAAAGCAAGUCAUUAAGCCUGGGCCCUGACUCGUGUUCCUUCAGGAGAGAAAAGAGAGAUGGAAACCUUCAAAUCUGGGGAUAAAAAGAGGGUCCUUCCCACAUGGAUGACAGCCCAGGUGGCCGAGAAGAGAAAGGUGCCCGUGAAGACCCCGAAAGCGAGGACAUCGGCAGCAAUGCCAAGGGCUGCUGCCGCAAGACUUCCUGCCACGAGGACUGUGUACUGCAUGAGUGAAGCCGAAAUGGUGGAUGUCGCCCUGGGGAUACUGAUUGAGGCCCGGAAACAGGAACAGCCCUUGGAGCCACGGACUCCGGCUGGCGCUGAUAAGCCGGAGCUGUCCCAGGCCCACUCCGCUUUGUCACCGUCACCGAGCUCUCCUGGGAGAAGUGAGGACGAGGAGAAUGAAAAAGACGCCCUUCCUCCAGGCCACAGCCCUCAGGGGCCCGCCGGGUCUGACUCUGCCCGCAGCAGAAGCCCCGAGGAGGACGAGGACAUGUUAAAAUACGUCAGGGAGAUAUUUUUCAGCUGAACGGACAGGCUUCCCAGGACUUUCUACCCAGAGCGUUGGAGGAAGCCGGCCUCCCCUCCCGCCCGGGGCCUGCCGGCCGCUCCCGCU